GUUAAGAGGUGGACAUCGUAUCAUGGCUUCAAAAGAUCAAGGGUCCCUCGCAGCAUACCGUGUCAGUGCACGCCCACCCAAUACCCCUCCCAUUUGAGAAAAAUCCCUGGGUUUCCGGAAAUUAACAAACUCGUGAUGUCAGGAGGGUAACAGGGGAAACAUCUAGCUAGCGUUCGGGUUUUGGACAAUGUUAAACAACUUGAAAACGAUUUCGGUUCGCUGCCAUGUGAAAUACGGAAGAGAAUGGAUAUAUCAAAACUGACAAAGUACGGACACUUUUUCUUGCGUGUGUGGACUGUCCCAUCUCUUCUCAUGGAAGUCAUGUCAAGCUAAAGGACUCAGGAAUUCGGAUUUGCAGCGUCUGCUAGCUUUAUAGCUAUAACGCUUCUCCUGUCCCAGUUAAUAUGACGCGACUUGCUCUUGAUCAAGUGACAGAUUUUGGUGAUUUUACAAAAGGUAAAGAUUUAAAUGAGUUUUUAAAGCACACUUUUUUAAACAAUUCUUCAAAAAAUGGUUUGUCGGACGUUAGAAUCAGUCCUGAUGGACGCCACAUCCAUGUCAUUCUUCGUAAACCUAAGUGUGGUCUAAUGACAUUUGACAAAUUUCAGAGACCACAUUUAAUACAAUGUCAGAAGUAUCUUGAUUUAGUAUUAACCAAAACGGCACCAAUCGUGGACGUCGUUUAUCUGGACAACAACAAAGACAGUGGUGUUGCAGUACUAAUUGUGGUAUUCGAAAACGGCAAGGCGGAAUUCUGGAAAUUUUCGGAACGGAAAUCAGGUUGGCAUUUGCUACAAGCUGUGGACCUAUGCAAUUGCCCCCGAGCCCGAGUCGUAUCAGUCUGUGUCAGUCUAAAUUUCAUUGUGUGGUGUGAGGAGAGGCCUCCGUCGGAAAGCUCAUCUGCCGUCAAUGCAAACCGCAAUAACUUCAGGUACUGCAUCUGCAAAAGAACCUUUGAAGUGGACGAAGGGGGUAUCAACCUAGGAGGGGUCAAAAUCGCACUGCACAACAAUCCCCGUUACAUGGUAAUCAGCUCAGGCGAGAAUGUUUACCUGUUUUCGGAUGAUGCCAAGGAUAAAUCUCUAGGGACUGUCUCUAAAUUUUCCUGACGUGGUCACCUCAGAAUGACUUGUUUAGAGUCAGCUCCACAUGUGAGGGUGUUCUGCAUCAGAGGGCCUCUCCCGCGAACCGGGAGUCUGAUUUCAAGGGCCUCGUCACAGACUGCAUAGGAGCUCUUUCAGCCAUCAGCCCACCAGCCAUAUAUGGAUUUGCGUCGAUGGGAAGCGGCGGCAUCCUGUUCCUCCUCGGCACAGGGUGGGUGUGUGAGGUGCAGAAGGACGGAGUUCUGCGGCACGUGUACAAACUGCCCGACAACUGCCUCGCGAGUUGUGGAACGCACAACAGCCUGAGCGUUUAUCGCGACGUCUUAGCGCUGACCGUGGGCCGGACGCUGUACUUGAUUGACACUAAAUGUGGCCGGGAGCUGGAAAAGAUCCCCCUGAAGAGGGAGAGCCUCUUGUUCGUGAACCACCUGGAGAACGACACCCCACACUUGCUCUCCGACACGGGCCUGUUUGUGGUGAUGCGCAGGGAGGCAGACCUGAAGAACAAACAGUCCCCCGGCCACGCCGAGAUGCUCAGCUCCAGUGCGGUUCUCGUGGAGGCCGUCUUUGAAGAGGCCUGUAAAUACUACCAACAGAGGAGCCUUGGAAGCACACAGCUGACCGCCGAGAGGCUGAAGAAAGGGGGCAUGUUUCAGGCUCCGAUCUCCCUGGCCGCCAUCCUCAGGGACUACCUCGGCGGUCUGAAGCCCACUGACAUCGCAAAGGGCAAUGGUGGUAGCGAGAAGUUGCUGUGCUCCCUGGAUAGCGAGCUGAAGAGUUUGGUUGCACUGGAGAGUAUUAAAGCGACUCUGGUGACGGCCUCGGAGAAGGACCUGGAGGGCCUGGGCGAGACCCUGGUGCAGCAGGAGGUCAGCAGGCUGCUCGGCUCCGACGUGGACCGGGAACACCUGCUCUACCUGAACUUCGUCUUCCAGACCUUCCCCAGCGAAGCCUGGCGCGCGCUGCAGGCUGUCCUCCAGCUGCGGUGUAACGGAGAGGGCUCGAUGUCCACCAAAGCCCCCGCCGAGGUCUGGAAGACGGUCCUCGCACCCAUCCAGUCCGUGUCCAAUUUCCACCACCACCACCACCACCACAACGGCCAGCAGAAGCAAGCCCCUGCCAACGUGGCGCUGCCCGUGUUCGAACUGCUCUGCCACUCGGUGUUCCGGUUCCAGCCCAGCUGGCUGCCCCGGUUUCUGGAGCUGGCGCAGCAGCAGGCCGGAUCCUCGUCCUCGUCGUCCACCUGGAGCUACGGGGUGAAGGAGUCGCCGGAGAGCCUUCCCCUCUACAAGCGGGCCCUGACGGUGCUCCCGGACGGCGGCCGGCGGCACCAGGACCUGGAGGUGGAGCUGCUGCUGUGCAGCCAACGGCCCAACGCCGUCAUGCAGGCGCUGCGCAUCCUCAUGGAGGCGGAGCAGUGGGAGCGGGUGACCCGCGUGGCGGAGCGGUUCUGCCGGCAGAGCCCGCUGCUCAACAAGGAGAUCUUCACCACGCUGCUCUGCGAGGUGUCCCACCACCGCAGCCUGGACCCGUACCUGGACCUGCUGUGGGCGCUCUGCCCCGAGGACGUCACGGUCACCAGCAUCCUCAACAUCGUGCUGAAGAACCUCCCCUCCUGCCCCAACGCCCCGGGGCCCGCCGGGCCCUUCCCGUUCCCCAAUGCCCAGGGACCCGCCGGGCCCUUCCCCUUCCCCAGGCAGGGCAGCCAGCUCACCAUCGGGCUCCUGAAGCCUCUGCUCAACAAGGUGCUGCUGCGGGAGACCAAGCCGAGCCAGAGAUACGCCGACAUCCUCCAGUCCCCCACCUUCCCCCCCCCGACCCCCCCGCGACGACAGACCAAAGGGCUCCCCAGGGCUGCGACCGAGCCCGCCCUGGACCGCCACGACUCCAAGCCCGCCCUGGACCGCCACGACUCCAAGCCCGCCCUGGACCGCCACGACUCCAAGCCGAGGACUUCUUCUGGGGCCGGAGUGGCGGCGCCCCUCAAUCCUGUCUAACGGUGCCUUUGUUUUUUUCUCCCCCUCAACAGGCUAUCUGACCAAUCCCCCCCCCCC